AUGUCUGGGUCGAGUAUGUAUAAGACGAAGCUUUGUAUUAUGUAUCAGAAGAGUGGUAAUUGUUCGAGGCCGAAUUGCUCGUUUGCUCAUGGAAAUGCUGAGCUUCGUCGGCCUGGGGAAUCUUCAUUCACUGGCAGACGUCACAAUCUGGAUAGUGACUUAAGAGAUAAACUUGGUAGACAGUUUUCUCCAGAGCGGAGACCUUCUAUGGACAGAAGUGGAAGACGGGUACAAAGAUUUAGUGGUAAGAUCUGUAGCUUUGGGUUUUUGGAGUUCUGUGGAUUGCCUGAUAUGCAAAUCCUAGGCCAUUUGAAAAGCGAAGUGCGGCUUUAUAUCUCUAAUUAUCACAGAGAUAAAGACUACAGGGAGAACCGCAGAUUUGAUGAACUAAGUGAUUAUGCUGGUGGUUUGAAAGUUGGGAGUCGGAUUGAAGACAGGGCAGAAGAUGGAAUAAACAAGUUUCGGGGUCUCAAUAAUGUUCUGGAAGAACAGUUAAAAGAUGUAGAGCUUGAUGUUAAGAUGCUUACUGAUGACAAACUACGAUUGGAGGCUUCCAUUGAAAGGAAGGCACAUGAAGCAGACAUUCUUAUGUCUAGGGUCGAGGAGCUUGAGACCCAGUUGGAUAGAGAGAAAGAGGAAUGUAGGAGGAUUACAUCAAGCUCGAAGAAAUUUGUGAAAGAAUAUAACCGUUACUUGCGGGCACAAGAUGAUCUAAAGAGGUCACAAGCCCGUCUUCAAAAGUUGGGAAACCAACUUAGUACGUAUCUUGCUGGAAAUGAAGGCACUGACAGGGAUGCAGACAUUGAUACUGUGAGCGAUGAAGAGAAUAAUCGUCGGAAUUUGAGGACUGCUUGUGAUCCACAAAAUGAGUUGCAGAAUACUUCUUCACUGCCUAGAAAAAGGCAUUAUGUGGAUCAAUAUAGUACCAAAGAACCUGUGGAAGAUGGCUUGAUAGUAAGAGGUGAAGAAGCGAAGGGGGAGAAGGUGGAGAAGGCGAAGAACAUACCUUCUCGUUGGAAUAUGGUUCCUUCGAAAUCAUAUUCUGAAGAAGAAAGUGGAGGGUGGAACGAUGAAGACACAAUUAACAAGUCCUCAUCAAAGGAAGACAACUGGAAAAGAAGAAGGUUUUCUAUUGGCACCUCAUCUACUGAUAAGGUAAUGUUAUCUACAAGCAUGUUAUGUCGGGCAUUUGAUGAAGCUGCAGAAUUUGAUGAAGAGAAUUCUGAAGCAGCCAAAGGCUCUCCUCUCAUAUCUCUUCCUCCGCCCCCACCUAUCAGAGAUGCCCAUUUUCAGGGUGACGAGGAGGAUGUAAAUGUCGAUGUGACGGAACAGAGGAAAGCCAAUGACGUUGAUUCGGUCUGA